AUGGAGUUUGACAACAUAAACGGCGCACGACGCGUCAUACAAGUCCUACAAUACAUGGGCCUCUGGCGCUACAAUGGCACGCCAUGGCAAACGUUAUACGCCACAUAUUCCUACAUUUUACACUUCACAUUCACCUUUCCGUACACGGUGAUGAUGUGGGUGGACGUGGUGCAGGCUUCCGAUUUGGAAAAGUUCUCCUACAUCAUGUACAUGUCGUUAACGGAAUUGGCUUUGUUGGCCAAGGUCGCCAAUGUUUGGUUGAAUUCGAAAAUACUGGUGCACUUCUUUCACACAUUGGCCAAUGACGAGGUGUACCAACUGCGUUCGGCGGCGGAACGCACACUUUGGUCCACCGUACACAGAUAUUAUCGUUUCAUUGCAUUCAUGUAUUUCGCAAUGAGCAUUACGCUAGUGACGAGCGCUUUUGUGGGUGUGCUCUUCUCGGCGGAAUACGAAUUGCCGUUUCCUUAUGCGCCGCCAUUCGAGUGGCGUAACGAGCACGGCUAUUGGUAUGCAUACUUUUAUGAGUUGGUGGCGAUGCCGGUAACAUGUUUCUCCAAUUGUGGCCUCGAUAUGAUUCAGUGCUAUAUGCUUUUGCAUUUGUCGUUGUGUUAUCAAAUGAUUGGACGUCGCUUGCGGGAGAUGGGACAAUGGCAGGCGCAGUUGGGACGCUUAAGCGGUUUCAGUGAAGUGCGUUUCUUAGAUGAAUUUGUCGGGAUUGCAAAAUUGCAUGGUACCACGAAGCAACUCACGGCCAACUGCGAGACUUUCGUUUCUUUUCCUUUUCUUAUACAAAUAAUGUGCUCCUCAUUUGUACUCUGUUUCAGUGCCUACCGAUUGCAACAGGUCAGCAUUUCCGAGAAUCCUUCACAAUUUUGCACAUUAAUUUUGGCAGUGAUUGUAAUGAUUCUACAAAUUUUCGUACCCUGCUAUUGUGGUAAUGAAAUUAUCUUGAGUUCUGGCGCUUUAAAUAAUGCCAUCUACAAUGCCGAUUGGAUACAGUGUACACCAAAAAUACGCAAAUACUUGAUUAUCUAUAUGGAAAUGCUGCAGGUGCCGGUAAAAGUGCGAGCAGGGAACUUUUUCGAAAUUGGACUGCCGGUUUUUGUCAAGACAAUGAAUAAUACCUAUAGCUUAAUGGCAUUGCUGCUUAAUAUGAAUAAAUAAUAUGUGAGCGACUUGAUUAGAUUUUAAUUGCUGGCAGAGAAAAGAGCGGAGCAGCACUCAUAUUAUCUCCAACUUAAACAAAAUAAAUUUCAGAAUAUUUUUCAAAUCGAAAAUCAUGAAAUUUUGGCAUAUUGUUGUCAUAUAGAUCUCUGUAUAAAUUAUAGACACACAUAAACCUUAUUU